CACACACACACACACACGGCCCGCUCCCCCCGACACACUUUCUGUCUGACACACUCUCUCAGGACUCCCCUGUGAGCCAGCUCGGCAGGUAGGGAGGUAAACUCAGCACUGGAUCAGAGUGAGGCGACUGAGAAUCGGGGCAAGGGAGUGUGUGUGUGUUUAUGACUCUGUGUGUGUGUGUGUGUCUGCUGCAUCGCUGAGGUACGGAGACCGGAGGCGAGGAGAGCUGGAGCGUUUGUCCUUGAGACUGACUGACGGACUGCAGCUGCACAGCGGAGCAUCAUCCAGUGGACGAACUGACAGUAUCUGUGCAGGAUGUCAGUGCGGGGCUUGGACCCCACCUGUCCCGCCAAUAUAAAGCGUGAGCCCUCUAGUCCCAGUCCCAGUUCUCAGGGAGACGCCAGCCCAGCCCAGCCUAGUCCUGGAAGCUCUUCCUCAGACACCAACUCCAGCUAUGGGCUUGUUACCAAAGGCCACGGUCACAGCAAUGGAUUGGACUCACUGGGUCACUGCGGGCACGCCACAGGGCUGCCCAGCAAUGGAGGACCAAACAGGAGGUUUGUUGAGGAAGACGGCCAAGUGAAGUGUGAAUUCAUGCUGGGCUCAGUGGCCAAGCGGCUGUGUCUGGUGUGCGGUGAUGUGGCCUCGGGCUACCAUUACGGUGUCGCCUCCUGCGAGGCCUGCAAGGCCUUCUUCAAGAGGACCAUUCAAGGCAAUAUUGAGUACAGCUGUCCUGCAUCCAAUGAAUGUGAAAUCACCAAGAGGAGGAGGAAGUCCUGCCAGGCCUGCCGAUUUGUCAAGUGUUUGUCUGUGGGCAUGUUGAGAGAAGGUGUGCGCCUGGAUCGGGUUCGGGGCGGCAGACAGAAAUAUAAGAGGAGAAUAGAUGCUGAGAACAGCCCUUAUCUCCACCCACAUAAUGUCUUCCCCCAGAAGAAAACAUUCUCUGCUGGCAGUAUUGUAGAAAACAAAGUGGUGUCUACGCUCCUGGUUGCCGAGCCAGAGAGCAUUUUUGCCAUGCCAGACCCCACUGUACCUGAGAGCGACAUCAAGGCUCUGACCACGCUGUGUGACCUCGCUGACCGGGAGCUGGUGGUCAACAUCGGCUGGGCCAAACACAUCCCAGGUUUCCCUUCUCUCUCUCUGGCAGACCAGAUGAGUCUCCUACAGAGUGGUUGGAUGGAGAUCUUAAUCCUUCGUGUUGUGUUUCGAUCACUGGCCUUAGAGGACAAGCUGGUGUACGCUGAAGACUACAUCAUGGAUGAAGAGCAGUCAAAGCUGGCAGGUCUUCUCGACCUCAACAAUGCGAUUCUGCAGCUGGUGAAGAAGUACAAAGCCAUGGGACUGGAGAAAGAUGAGUUUGUGGUCCUCAAAGCUAUCGCACUUGCAAACUCAGAUUCCAUGCAAAUUGAGGAUUCAGAGGGAGUUCAGAGACUCCAGGAUGUCCUUCAUGGGGCUCUGCAGGACUAUGAAGCCACCCACCACCCAGAGGACCCCCGGCGUGCCGGAAAACUGAUCAUGACCCUCCCCCUCCUCCGGCAGACGGCUGCACGUGCUGUGCAGCAGUUCUGCAGCAUCAAACAGGACGGCCGCGUGCCCAUGCACAAACUUUUCCUCGAACUGUUGGAGGCCAAAGCCUGACCACCACAAAGGCAGCCCUCGCUUUGCUCGGCAUCAGCGGUUUGGACAGCAAAGAAUAACGGGUGAAGGUGGGGGGUCUGACGCCGCGUAUUUGUCCAUUUCAGCUUAGACUCAUCAACGGCAUCGUAAAUCUGCAGCCAAGGGGGUGAAUUCUGAUGCAUAGCUGAACUUUUUUUGAGCCGAGUUCCAGUGAAACUUCCAGUGGAAGGUUCAACUUCCAUUUUAAUGUCUUUUCGACAGCAAGAACAUGACUGUAUUUCAUCUUUGAGUCAAAUGUGUUGACCUGCUUUGAUGUAGGAGCUUGAAGCUGAUGAAGGAUCGUGAAGAAUCACCUUAUGGACAUAUUUCCUGUUCCAUGCCAAAUGUAGAGCUUCUUUUCUCGAAAAUCACCUAAUAUACUUGAAGAUCCUUCUGGAUUAAUGUGUCCAUCUUGACGUCUGUUAAUCUGAACUGCAUUUAGUUCAUUUUUUUUUAUUUUUAUGAUUUUCAAUGUAGCCCUUGCAGAGAAGAGGUAAAUGUGUACUUAGAGGUAAGUCUUGCCAAAGAGUAAAGACCAUUAAAAAACUACCAGCAAACAUCCACAAUCGUGUACUGCCUGUAAGACAUUCAUUCUUGCUCUGAAAAUAUCUCGGUAAGACACGUGAAGCAUUCUUAUGCAUAAUGGGUGGAUUUAAAGUCAUACCUAAAAUUUUUGAUGAAAGCAACUAGACUUGUUUUAUCAUCAAGAUAUGUCACCAAUCAUCCAAGUAGCUUCUUCAGUCUAAUGCAAAGAAAUGUGGUUUCCCCAAAUUAGUGUCUUUACUGUAAACCAGACAUUGUGGUCCGGGUUAACAAUAAUAACCCAUUUUUGUUAAUAUUGCCCUGGAGCGUUAUUAAGGUCAACUUGCCAUCAAGAGAGUCACUGAUUGUGCUCUUCUUGAUGGACUGGUGAAUUCUGUUGGGGAAGGAUGAAAUGACAACACUUUUGAAAAAAGCAAUUUUCUCAUGUGUUGAGUUGAUGUUUCAUACAUGUAGCAUACAACAAGCGAUUGUUACGGGUCCCACGGAAAUGCAAGGGAUUCCCAAAAUAAUUCAUAUUUGCAAUGGAAAAAACAAAUUUGAGCAUCUUGAAUAUUCUGUGGUUCAUGGAAGAUCACGGCAUAAUGACAAAAUAUCCCAGUUCAUCACAGAUAACCUCCCAGACCCUCAAAGGUUUUCCAAGAACAAGGCUUUCAAUCAUGGCUGUCUGUAAUGCACAGCUAUGGAAAUGACAAUGAAGUUUAAGUCCUUCAUCCCUAGUUGAGGAACGGUCCAGGAAAAAUAGCUGAGGAUUUGAUUAUACCUUUGCCCGAGGUUCAAAUAUUUUCCUAAACAGCAGUUUACAAAAGUGGGCAACUAAUCACUGUCCCAGAAUCUAAAGCCAAAGAAUGACAACGACUCAAUGAAAACUGUUGCUGAAAACUGUUAGAAGACAGAAAUACUCAAGCAACAGAAGUCAUUCGUCAUCUCUAUCCUCAAAGAAAGUUCAUGUAAACAUGAUUCAAAUAUUAACCUUAACUGUAUGCGUGUGAACAUCUCCGUAAUUCAACAUCGCCACUAGGGACAGUACUGCAUACAGCACCAAUAAGUGCAACAUAGACGAUUAAGCCCACAGCUUAAGCAGAUUUCAACCUUUUCAGUCUCUAGAUCAGGUUAGGUUAGACCGGUUGUCUGCCUGGGUGGUUGCUAUCCAGGACCCAACGCAAAUUCAUAGUGUAUUGGAUGCUGUAACAUGCAGCACCAGCAUAUGCUAACCUGAUCUAUGAGUAUAGUUUACAUCUUAUCCUUUCAGGAGACAUAAUAUACACAGUGAUGCUAAUAUGUAGCCGUUGUCGUCAUGGCAAUCCCUCGUGAUGAGGAAGACUGUCUCUUGACUGAUUCCCAGAUGGGAUGGUGGACUCAGAGAUGACUGAAUAGGCCCACUCUUGACAUGCAGCACCGUAGUGCAAACCGGCCCAGUUGUUUUGCACUCAACCUCAAGAUAUCUUCAACUCUGAUGAUGGAGAAUCUUUGGUGACAGAUAAAACAACUAAAACUAAGAUAAACAAAUGUUUAACCAUUAUAUAAAAUGUCAGGGAAUGAAGUAUUAUAUGUCCUGCUACAACUAUAAAAGUAAAAGUGGUAUUUAUUCUGUUUUUCUGUUUAAUUUGCUAAUGUUGAAUCAGUAAGUAACUGCUGGCUAUUUUUUAUUUAAGUAUUCUUAAUUGAUGAAUAUCACUAUAAGAUAAUUAUCUUUUUUAAUAGUUUCUCUGCUGUAUUUACAGCACUUGAUACCUAUACCAUAUAAGACAACCUGAUUAUACUGUAUGUGGAUACUUGAAGAUCAUAAUGUUGUAGAGUUGUGUAUAUCCCUAAAUGUAACUAUGUAAAAAGGCAGCCAUAUAACCUGGAUUAAGGUCCUUUCUCGGGUAGACGGCUAAGUGUAGAAUUAAAUUUGUGCACCAGUGAUUCUUUUAGCCAUCAUGUGUGGGGAAAGUGGGUAAUCUGUCAGUGUGUUUCAUGUGAUGACCAGUUUGUCAUUUUUACUCACCAUAAAUGAAGGGAUUAAAUUUGAGAGAAUAAGUACAACAUUCUGCUUAUUUUGCUUCUUGAUGCAACUGUGACACUACAAUGUGGAUAUUGUUGUGGCAAAACUAUUACACGUGUGCAAAGGGGUUCAGUGUAAUUUUUUAAAUGUAUAUUUGUGAUGCUUUUUGCCAACAGAGAUGUUGGGAGGACCUGUGCCGUGCGAUCUUUCUCAGGUGGAUUCUUGGGCAAUAAAGAUAAUCCUCCAAUGCAA